AUGCAUCCAUCCGCCCUUCUUCUGAUCAUGGUGGCCGCCGCCGGCGCUGCCAUGGUGCAAGGCCACCCCGCCGCUCACACUCCGGCGGCACUACAGUUCUGGGAAAACACCCUGAUCGGUUCGCGGAUGCCAGAUGCCAUCGCAGAUCUUGUUCAGAGAGGCAUUGAUCACUCGCCGCUUGAAGAGCACUACUCCGCAUCGCCCAGUGCCAACAACGUGUGCACCAUCUACGACGCGAUCUGUAACCUGCGGAGCAUGUCGGCGGGAGGAGCAGCAGGUGACCUCUUCUUCCACGAGGCGCAGCUGCGGCCGGGGAGCACCAUGACGGCCUCCCUUCCGGCGGAGGUGGAGUCCGCCAUCCUCCCCCACGACGUCGCCGGGAAGGUCCCCUUCGGGAACCUCCGGGACGUCCUCGCCACCUUCAACAUCCCGGCGGGCUCCGCCGAGGCGGCCCGGGUGAGGGACACCCUGCGCAGGUGCCGGGCGCCGCCCCUCCCCGGCGAGCGCAAGGCGUGCGCCGCGUCCCUGGAGGGCACCGUGCGGAGCGCAGUGGGCAUGCUCGGCGGCGCCGCGUGGGCGGCCGCCUCGGCGCUCCCCCGCGCCGGCCUGCCGCGCGGGCCGUACGAGGUCCAGGCGGUCGCCCCGCUGGACGGCGACCGGUACGUGGCCUGCCACAAGAUGCCGUUCCCGUACGCCGUCUACCAUUGCCACAUGACGGGGAUGUCGGCGACCAGGGCCUACAAGGUCUCGCUUCGCGGCGGUGAUGACCCAGCAGCAGCAGCUGCCGUGAUGAUGCUAGCGCUGUGUCACCGGGACACCUCGCAGUGGAACCCGGCUCACCCGGCCUUCGAGGUGCUGCGCACUCACCCCGGCGGCGCGCCGGUGUGCCACUUCAUGCCGUACGCCAAUCUGGUCUUUGUUAAGACGACGAAGGGGGACAAAGCCACCAAGCGCUCUGCUGGAAUCCACGGAAUGCCAUCUGGUGAAGACGUCCUGUAG